AUGAUCCUGGGCAAAUCAAGCGAUGACGGAUCAAACAUUGCCCCGAGCAUACUCUCACGCGCAUCGACGGAUCCUGAGUCGAAAGGAUCGUCUUCUACCUCUGUCCCUCAACGCUCGUCACAAUCACCGUCCCCUCCACCGCCCUCGUCCCAAAAUGAGAAAACCACAACUUCGUCAUCGUCGUCGUGGGAGCCCUCGCUGAUCUACCCUUCCUCCUCACACGAAAUCGCUGCUCGGGAUGCCGCCUUCUUAUCUACGUCGCCUACGCUGGUGGGGACCGUGUCCAGGGUGGGGACGAUGCAAAAGACAGUGCGGGUGACGCGCCAGAUCCAGGUGUGGCACGCGCAUUUCCAGAAACACUACACACGCCCGACGCACAGCCUGGUCCACGACCCGCACAACCUGCUGCUGGAGGGGGACGUGAUCAGGUUCGGCGCGUUUCCGCCGUCGAUGAGGGAAGAGCGCGACCGCCGCGGACAGGUGGUGGUCAAGAGACACCGGCCGCGCGACCGCAACGGGGUGGUCAAGGAACAGGGUGUGCGGUACAUUGUGCGUGAGGUUAUCAGCCCGUUUGGCGUGCCCCUCGAGCAGAGACAGCCGCGGACCGUCGGGAGCGACAAGGGCAGGUGGCUCGGCACCGAGGGCGAGAUGAAGAAGCCAGCACUGAGGCAGAAGGGGAGACGGGAUGGCAAAGGUGCCAGCGCCAGCGCCAGUACCACCAGCACCAGUACCAGCAAGAAAAGCCGAGCGAAAGCAGGGGCAGUGAAAGAGAGACAGGAGUCGGCAGCGAGCCCGGUGCCGGCGUAA